CCUGUCCGGCCUUAUGGAAGCGGAAGUCUGGCCCGCCUGAAGCCCCUCCUCCCCAAAAUGGCGGCGUCGGCGCUGAAGGUCGCCCUGGUCCCCUACAUUCUCCCCGAGCGCUGCUAUGACGAGCUCGUCGUCAACCUCAACCUCCUGCACGUGCCCUGCCUGAAGGUCUUCCUCAGCAAAGCGCUCGGAUUCGCCGUGGUGGCCGGUUCCCUCGUGGUGAAGAUGCCCCAGAUCCUGAAGAUCCUGGGGGCCAAGAGCGCUGAGGGCCUGAGCUUCAAUUCCAUCCUGCUGGAGCUUGUGGCCAUCAGUGGCACCAUGGCCUACAGCAUUGCCCACAGCUUCCCCUUCAGUGCCUGGGGAGAGGCCCUCUUCGUCAUGUUGCAGACGGUGUCCAUCGGCUUCCUGGUGCAGCAUUUCGGGGGCCACACCAGGCGUGGCCUGGCUUUCCUCUUCACCUACUUCGCCCUCCUGUCCCUCCUGCUCUCUCCGCUCACCCCAUCCGUGGUCGUGACCACUCUUCAGGUGUCCAACAUGCCCACUGCAGCCACCAGCAGACUCCUGCAAGCAGCCACCAACUACCAAAACGGCCACACGGGCCAGCUCUCGGCCAUCACGACCUUCCUGCUCUUCGUGGGAUCCUUGGCACGAAUCUUCACCUCCAUCCAGGUAGUCUUCCACUAACAGCCAAGGUGGAGCCCAAGAUUUUCUGCCGCUAAGCGAGACAUUGGUGAAGUGAGCUUUGCCCCGUUGUUAAGUGAGCCACCGCAGUCGUUAAGUGAGGAACGUGGUUGUUAAGUGAAUCUGGCUUCCCUGCUUGUCGGAAGGUCGCCAAAGAGGAUUGAGUGGCCCCGGGACACUGCGACCGUCAUAAAAUACGAGUCAGCUGCCAAGCCCACAAAGUUUGAUCACGUGACUGUGGGGAUGCUGCGACGGUCGGAUGUGUGAAAAACGGUCAUAAGUCACUUUUUUUCAGUGUCGUAACUGUGAACGGUCACUAAGCGAAUGGUUUUAAGUGGAGGACUGUCUGUAAAUACAUCCAAGGCUGAAAGGGAGCCUGGGAGGAAGAAGGGAGCCUUUGAUAUCCCUGAUCCUCAGUUAAUGACUGUCCAGCCAGCAUCCGGGCAAGGGACCCUAGAGCAGGUAACAGUCUAUUAUUGUAACAGUAAGAGAGUUGGAAGGCACCUUGGAGGUCAUCUAGCCCAACCCCCUGCUCACCCAAGAGGCCUGUACUAGGGAUUCGAACCGCCGAACUGUCGACAAGCUUAGCCACUGAGCCACCUCCGAUGGCUCAGGUGAGCGAUGGGCUGCUGGGCUGCCCUUUUCAAAGUUCACCAGGAGAUGCCUCCUUGGUCAAACAGGGAACUUUCAGGUGGCUGGACUUCCGCUCCCAGAAUCCCCCCAGCCAGCUACGUCCAGGUGUUUUAAAAGUUGCCACAGUUAAGAAACCCGGGGCUGGGGGAUUCUGGGAGCGGAAGUCCACCCGUCUUAAAAGUUGCCAUCCACCGCUCUGCCCUCCAGUUGGCCAGCCGAAACGGAAGGAUGGCCGGCCACCUUCUGACUGGCCCGGCGUGGAGGGCAGAAGGCCGCCCCUCCUGAAAUGUGGGGGCAGAGGGAGCCCCUCCCUGGACCCUGUCAAGUAUUUGCAAGCCAUUGGCACAUGUGUCAUAUAGACACCAGUGGAGGCAGUGUGUGUCUCCACCUCUAUGUGGAAAGGAGGGGCUUACCCUGAGUAUAAAACCCCCUCCAACCUUUUCCACCUCUCUGGCUCUCUCCAUCUCUCUUUUUUCAUGUUUGUUCCUCAUGAGACUUGAUCUCUGUUGUACAUAGUUAAUAUGAUUUAUCAUAUGAAUAAAUACGUUUAAGACAUUUAUUCAUGCAUCCGCCUCUGAACUCUUCUAUGCUCCUGGGUGUUUCUACGAUCCCAAUUCCACAGAAUGGUAGCAGAGGAUGUUUCGAUCCAUCGACCUCUUUUCAUGUUUGUUCCUCAUGAGACUUGAUCUCUGUUGUACAUAGUUAAUAUGAUUUAUCAUAUGAAUAAAUACGUUUAAGACAUUUA